AUGCAGCUAAGGGUAUCUGCGGAAAUGAGAAACUGUACAUAUAAUAAGAUUACUAAAGAUGCACCAUUAAAUGUAAUAUCCGAAUUGCCUGUUAAGAUAAUAUUACGUAAUUUUUUACCUUUUGGAGCUCCAGCUACGAUAUGGAAUCAUAAAUCUAAGAAAACAUCUGCACCAAGCUUACAAGCAGUGGUUUUGUCAAAAGAUCCACAGAGUUUUGGAUAUUUCUUUUAUAUACCUAAUGAAAAUAGAGUAAUUACCACUACAAACUUUAAAAUCCCUGAUUAUUCAGUAAAUACGCAACAGAAGAGUAAUCCAGAAGAAACCAUUAUUGCACGAUUUAAAGCUAAUGUUACAUCUAAAAUAGGUUCUACUAGAAAUUUUGAAUUUGAUGAAGAUGAGAUAAUAGAAAUGUUUAAGAAUACAUUUGAAUUAAAAGUUAUUGGAAUAAUGAAUGAAGAAAAACAAUUAGAAACAGAUAUUUUAGGUAUAGACUUGAAGUAUGACUUGAAUAAAGGAAUCGUUACAUUGAGUAUGAAAUCAUACAUUGACAAAUUUAAUGAUGAUUUUCCACUACUAAAACUGAAAGAAUAUGAGAAUAACUUAACAACAGAACAAAAGAAAGAUUUAACACCUCACUUUAGUGAAUAUAAUUUAAAUCCAAAUGAAGAUACACUUCUAAUGAAUAAGACUGAAUACAAAGAGAAGGUUAAGUAUAUACAAAAAUCUAUUGGAAAGCUAAACUACUUAAGAACAAGAGGUAGGCUGGAUCUGGAAUUUGCAGUUAGCAAGAUUACCAGAUUUGCAUUAUAUCCACAUGCUAAAGUAAUUAAAACUGUUGAUAGAUUAGUUAAAUAUACUUAUGUGAAAAGGGAUCUCAAUGUAGUAAUGAAAAGAGAAAAGAAACAGCCUGAUGAGAUCACAGUAAUCACUGAUGCUUCAUUAGGAUCAGAAUAUGAUGUAAAAUCAAGAAUUGGGGGUAUAAUAUGGUUUGGAAACACAUUUAUGUUUGGGUUUUCAAACAAAUCAUCAAUUGUUUGUGACUCUUCGGCAGAAUGUGAAUUAGAUGCUCUAAACAAAGGUGAAAAACUAGUUCUACAUUUAAAGUUCAAGUUAGAAAAAUUAUUUAAGAAAAAUUUUAAAAUUAAUAUUAUUACGGAUUCUAAACCUGUAAUAGAAUGGCUUAAAAAACCAUAUAUUGUAGGUAGAACAAAGUUCCUUGGAAUCAGAAUUGGUCGUUUAAAAGAAAGACUAAAGGACAAGUCCACCUUUCUAAGAAAAAUUGAUGGAUUGGAGAAUGUGGCCGAUCCAUUAACAAAACCGGUCAGCCCAACUGAUUUCAAGAACCUAAGUAAAAUCAUGGAAGGUAACAUUACUCCACAAAACUUACUACCAUUGACCAACCUUGUGGAGACUGAAGAGGGAGUUCGCAAGAUGUAA